AUGAAGAGGAGAGUUCGUGUGGGCACAGAACGUGUCACGGGGCACACAGGGCCAGGGAGAAGGCUCUGGGUCUGGAGCAUUGCCCAGGGAGUCCAUCUCUACUGUGUCCUGUGCUUCAUCCGGUCCAUCUCGUUCCAGGACGAGGUCUGCAGCACCUCCGUCUCUGCCGUGACUAGGUUACAUAACCCCGCAAGUGGGAGCAGGAUGCAGUGA